GCGCUAAUUGAUUGUAUAUUACUAUAUUCAUCUGGAAGAAAGCGGAUUAUUCGGUCUGUGCCUCUGUUAUUCCCUCAUUCGAGGGCUCCUAUACUAGUAAUAUGGAGCAAAAAGCAACUCCUCAAGAAGCAAUGAUAAAUGAGCAAUUUACAACCUCAUUCGAGACUGAUUUACCUCGUGACGCAGGAAAGGUGGUCAAACAACCGAAUGAUUGUUUCGCACAGGGCGCCGAUAAAAAUCAAACCAAACAUCUAAAUGAAUUUGUCGUUAACGACGAUAACAAGCAAAUCAAAGAGAAAAGUAUGGAUUCCGCGCAAGAAACUAGUUUUCAGUUAAGUGUUUCAGAAGCAAAUCAAGAAAAUCGGGAGGAUAACAUUGUGGCUGGAGAGACAUCAGAGCCCCAUGAAAUAACUAUGGCAAUCAAAACGCUAACCCCAAGGAAAGCCAAGAAGAGGGGUAUAUUUGUGAGCUAUUCUCCCAAUGCAAGCUACGAGGAGAAGAGGUUUAUUUGCUAUACGGUGAAAGAACUUAAAAAUCUCGGUUAUGCAGAUGACAUUUGGUUCGAUAAAGACGAAGGGGUAAUAGAGAGCCCCGCGAGCUUGCAACAGCGAUUGGAAAUAGUCGAGAAAUGUCGCGCAGCGUUAGUUUUCCUUUCCACUUCAUAUCUUAAUUGUAAGUCUUGUAAGCACGAGAGCACAGUCCUUUUUAGAAGAAACGAAGAAUCAAUCAGUACCGAUUUGUCUGAUGAUCAUCCUCGUCCCGUUAGGUUGUUUUGCAUUAACUAUGAUGUAGUUCACGUCCCUCCUAACUUCUGCAAGCUGGAGGACAUUGUCUUCUUGAACUCAGAGGCUUUGGCUUUUGCCAGUGUUGCUGAAAAAUCUUCAGCUGUCGUGGGAGCAUUUAGCGAAGAAUUAGAAAAAUACGCAUUGUUGUUUGGCGCCAGUGCUUCCGCCUUAAGCGAACACGAGGGAAAUUUCAGAGCGAAAAAAGUUUAUUCUUGGGACGUUGAUGACGUCCAGGAAUGGCUAGCCUCUCUGCAAGUUCACCAGAGGUUCGGAUUAUCAUUUGAGGAAAACCAAAUUGAUGGGUUUCUGCUACUUUCUCUAAGCGAGAGCGACUUACAGAACCAUUUGAUGAUCGAAAGUAAGGUUGUGCGUCGAAAGCUUCUGCAGCAUUUGAAGGGUAUCCUCAAGAAGGAAAACCUCGAGAAGGACCGCUGGUUCGUGAAACUCCGGAAAACAAAGACAAAAAGUGAAUCAGUUUACAUAAUCUAUGAUCCUACCGACAUGAAAUUCACAGAUCGAUUGAGAAAAGAGCUUGUGAAGAAAGGUUUACAGGUAUUCCAUCAUGAGAGGCUAGGACAAUCAAAAGAGGAAUUCCUUCAGCUAAAUGGUGCUCAAUUAGCAGCAGCCAGUCAAGUUGUUCUCAUCAUGUCUAGUGAAUCAGCCACUUCAUUGUUUGUCUAUAAUGAGCUACAAUUUGCAGCAUGGCUAGAUAAGCCAUGCAUUGUUGCUAUGGUGAAGAACUCUUGGAGCAAAAUGAGGCUGAACAUGCAAGCACUUUUAGGGAGUUUUCCAGCAGUGGAUUUUGAGACUCAACCAUUUCAUGAGAGUCUUGAUGUGCUACUUUAUCAUGUAAAGCCUUUACGGAAUAUGCCUGCUGUGAUCCUUGAACAAGAAUUCUUAGAUCGCAUGGUGGAUGGCAUUAAACCACUACAAGUAUUAGUGAACAAUACAAGUAGUUCCAUUGAAGCACCACUCCCAUCUUCCCAAUCAAAAAUCUUUUUAAGUUACCAUUGGGAUGUCCAAUCUAAAGUUGAGCGACUCGUUCAGUAUCUUGACAGUCAAGGAUUUGAAUGCCAGACAGAUGUAAAUGCUGUUUCAAAGAGAUCAUCACUCACUCCUAAAUCACCUCUGGGUAUUGGUAACGAAAACUUGCAGUCUCAGGUUCAGCGAAACAUGAAGUCAUCCUAUGUUGUACUAUGCUGUGUAACUCAAAAGUAUAUUUGCUCUGAAAAUUGCUCAAAUGACUUGAGCCUUGCAGAUUCUUUGUCCAAACCAAUCAUCCCACUGAUGUUUCAGUGGAUGUCCUGGCCUCCAGAGGGUGUUGCCAUAAAGGCACGGAAAAUCCUAGCACCUCUACAUUAUAUUGACUUAAGCAAUGAAAAAUUAUUCAAGAAAAACUUGCACUCAGUUGUUUUACAAUUAAACAAGCAACUGAGUGUUAGGAGUCCAAGAGAUGGUAAAAGGGACAGAAACAAAUAGAAAGUUUUAAGAGAUAAUUUGUUGUACAAUAAUAAUUAACGAUUAAGUCUUAUUAACCUAAGCUUACCUAAGAAUUAAGUCUACAGUACAUCAUUUAGAUGGAAUAAAUAUGUUGCUUUUCCUUCAUGGAAGCUAAGCUUAAA